GAUAAGCUGUUCAGAAGUCUUAUGGCUUGGGGGUAAAAGCACUUUGUUCCUCCAAACCACACCAGCAUCCUAAACCACAAGCAUCUCAGCGAAGGGAAUCUGUGAGACAAGCAAAUUUUAAAAAGAGCAGCAUGCUAUCAUGAGCAAUACAAGUCUGAGUUAAUCGUGUUCACUUUUUCCACUCAUCUCACCCUUUCCACUCAUGCUAUCAUCAGAUGCUGUGUGAGUUUACAUAGUUAACAUUUUAUUACCGCAGACAAAGCAGCAAACUGCAGCUCUAACUUUGCGUGUUAUCCCCGAGCGUACACGCCCAUGCUCAGUGUUGUAGUAGUGAACUACAUGUAGUUCAACUAGUCAUUUAACUCCGUUUUGCAGUAGCUUGGUGGUAGUUGAACUCAAUUCAUAACUUUUUUUGCCUUGAGGCUAGCUACUGGAACUACAUGACUUUUUCAGCUAAAAGAUAAUAUGGGUGAAAUAGGCAAUUUCCUUUUAUUUUUUGGCAUCAGACCUGUCUAAUUCUCACUUGAAACACAGUUUGUGUGUUUAAUAGGCUAAAAACAUUCUGUUAACUUCUUGCAAUUUGUAGUCUGAUAUUUCAGAUUUAGAUAUGAUUAUUUAUCACAAAGUAUUUUGGAUGUAAUUAACCUCUUGUUCAAAGUAACUUUAGUUCAGUAAACUAUAUUUUUCUUAAGGGUAGCUUUAAUGUAGCUUAUCUUCUUCCAGUGUGAAGUAAUUGGUAGCUUGGUAAACUAUAUUUUCAGAGUAGCUUCCCCAACAAUGUACAUGCUCAGUUAUUUUAGGAAUUCAGAGGUUACAUACUUGUCCCAAUAUUUCACUGAAGUGCAGGCAGCUCAACACGACUGUUUAUUGACUUUGCCAAGGAGGAGGACUGAGAGAUCAAGUGUGUAGUGGUUGUCGAGGUACUGCACUCACACCCAGACCGCAGUUGUAUUCCAAACACAGCAGGGCUAGACACUGCUGCCCUGACACUGUGCUCUACUCCACUCUGAUCUCCAUCUUGCUCUGUGAAUGAAUGUUCACCAAUGGAUAGCAUGCUAAUUGGGGUGUAUGGGUGUCAGUGUACGUUUGCCGAUAAGCAUGCACACACAGGCUCCAUUAUGAGUGAGCAUGCUCUGCACCUUUAGUCUGCUGUUCUGACAGGUGAGGGGAGGAGUGUGAAGUGUCUGUAGGGAGUCAGGUGUGAUGAGGUGCCUGGGUCGUGUUUAUUGGUCACGACACACCAGAGAUAAACGUUUCCUAGUGGAAAGCAGAAAUCUGUGCUCUAAAUGAACUAGUUCAGCUAGUUCCUCCACGUUUAAAAAUGUUUUUGUCUCCUGACACUGUUCCACACAGAGCACUGAGUUGAUUCUCAACAUAGACACACAGACACACACACACACACACACACACACUGGACGUCUGUUGUUGUUUUUUUUUUUUUGAAUAUCUGAAACGUACAAUAUACUUGCAGUGAAGCCCCUCAACAACUACAUCAUACCAGUCAUCCAACAGACUCUCAUUCAGAGCGACACACAGAAGCAUCCAGGGUCAAGGCCCUGCUCAAGGGCACGUUGAUAGAUCUCCCACUAGGCCAAAAAACGUGAACCCGAACCCUCCGAGACGUCUGUUUCCAUGGAAACAGAAAUGUCUUCCUGACGUUUAUCUGAAACACUCAUGCUCGAGGAGCCUUACGUAGCAGAGAAUAAUAAUUGAUUGAUGUGUGUGUUUUUCUAUAAUAGUGUGGGUGUUGGCAUGUGGAUUUUUGGAUAUUAGCAGCCGACAGUUAUGUUCUUGACGUAGAUAUAUCCUCAAUUCCUUAUCUGUUCAUAUUUUGAUAUGUUUACACAUCUAUGGUAAUCAAGGCUGUCAAACGAGAGAAGGGAGAACAGAGAUUAAUUGAAGGGAAUGAUGGGAAGGGAGGAAAAAGAUUAUAAACAAGGGGCAGCAAAGAGCGAGAGAGAUGAGAUCAAGAGGCAUAUAAAGUCCACUGCUAUGAGUCUAAAUGUGUAAUUUUUUUUAUCAACUGUGAAAUAUUUGUGGAAAACCUUGACACCUGAACCAUAUAGCUGACCUCAUGUACUGUGAAUGUGAUUGACCAGGAAUAAGGGACGUGACGCACGUGACAGUAAGGAUGACUGCACGAAGAGUUCAUAAGAGAUAAUCACCCUGAAGUCCUAUGAACCCUACUUGCUCUUUCAUCUCUGGCCCUGAACACAUGCUGCCAGAUGUACACAGCAGCUGGAUUGAACAUUGUGGACCACUAAAAAUAUCAGUGUUGUUUGAGAUGAUACACGCUGCCAUCUUGUGGCUGACAGAAACACUUUAACUGGCCAUACAGCAUUAGAGGAAGGACAGGGAACUGAAGUACUGUGGCACAUCACAUGUACAUUGACAUUUGCAUGUAUGCCACAUGUCCUAUGUAUCAGGAGAUGAGGUUCAUUUUCAAACCUUGGACGUUCUCUUAAUGUAAUCGAAAUGUCUUUUUCAGUGUUAACUUGUGUUUUUAUGUGUUCAAAUGCACUGAGGAUAUUGAACAGGUUCUAGAUCCUUAACACAAGAUAUGUGUCGAGUCAGGUUGUGUGUGUGCAGGGAUAUCUGUGAGUAACCCUAGCUGCCGUCUGCACCAGUGAAGGGUAGCUGGAUAUAGCCCCCAUAGCCAGCUGGCCUACUAUUUAAAACAGUCAGCCCGAGGGGAAGGCUUGGUGGGGGGCGCUCACAUUCUGGAGCCCAGGCCCAGAGAGAAGGAGUUAAUUCGAGACUUGUUUACCGCACACCUUUCACCUGAGUAAGACCUCGAUGAAGAGGUGUGAAGGCAGCAGCAGUAACUGUUUGAAUGUGGACUCCAUCUUGUUUCAAACACUGUAGGCCCACCAGAUAUUGAGAUGCCAGGGCCCAGUUUCCCAAAAGCAUAUUAAGUUCAUCGUUAGAACCUUCGUAGUAGCAUGGUUAGAUUUCCAAGCUGUUUCCCAAAAGCCUUGUUACUUAAGUUGCACCUCAAAACGCUCUUUAUUUACCGACUGCCUCAUACCACUCUUAACAGCUAAGUGCGUCGUUAGAUGCUUUUGUUCCCCUUCUGCUUCACUUUAUACCCAGAUCUCCGCUAGACAUAGAAAAAAGAUGUUUAUCUGUCUCUGACCGCCGAUAACAUUGGAACAAAGUUGACUACAAAUACAAAGUUGCCAGUGUUUUUGUAAUUGUUACAAACAAGUGAAGGAUAAGAAGAUGCUUCAAAUGAAAACGGAGAUGCAUACAGGGCUAUAUAUUGAAAUCGUAUUGAGUUCUAUUUACAGUAGCUAAUUGUAGGCUUUGUAAUUUUUGACUCAAUAUAUUUUGAUGUGUAACAAUGUGCGCAAUUAUAUGCCCAAACUGAUUUAGUGCAUUAUUAUCGGGUUAGCAUUAGAAUAAGCCGCCUCAUUAUUUGCAGCCAAAAUGUGGUAAUAUAUCUCUCUAGGAGCUGACCCAUCGUCAGUAUUGUGAAAUAAUUAGUAUGUUAAUGUAAGAUUUGAAUGGAGAAAGCUGAUCUGAGAGCAGCGCUGCCUUUCUUUCAAUCUUAUCACUAUUGCCACAUGCGCCAACGACACACUUAGCGAAUGUUCUCUCUCUGUGGUGUUUUGGGAAUCUCAUGUUAGAUCUUCUGCCGUUGUAGCGAUUCAUCGUUAAAACACUCAUUAGUCUAGUUUCCAUCGCUAUCGGGAAACCGGACCCAGGCCGGUAUCGGUUACCCUAGCGGUUUCCUCUUGGUCUUGGAAUAGGAGGUACCCUGAUUACACGCAGUGAAUGAUGACAAUUAUCAGUGUCUGUUACCUCUGGCUCUGAAGAUCAUAAUUUCUCCUCAGCGAUGUCCUAGCACUUCCAUUUAAAGACCCCCCCCAAGACUGCUUCUAGGAGAUGUGAUUAUUUUACCUCCCUGUCUGAGGGUGCUUGGUCACACCAAACCUGCAGGCUAAAUGCAUCUUCUGGGGUUGGUUAUGAAACAGCUGGUAGGUGAACUACCCCUGCUGGAACUACCAGAGGUCAACUCUGUAUACAGUUUCCUUCUUUCAGAAGUCAUAAGGCUUCAGUACUUUAUAAGCAUGUACAGUAGGAUCGGCAAGUAGCCUCACAGAAGAGUGCUUUUCUCUAGCUAUUUCGUGUUUUCCUUAUCAGCAAGGAAUUGGUUGGAUUGUUUGGCAAUAGCGAGAAUUGAUUUGCAUUUAUUAUCGGGCUAUGGGCUGAUUUUGACCCUAGAUUCUUAACUUACAGUUCAUUUAGCAGCACCCACCUGUAGCACGUGCUCCAGCAGGUAUAUCUCUCUGGUAUACCCCCAAAACCAAUUCUUCCUUUGGCCACCUCUCCUUCCAGUUCUCUGCUGCCAAUGACUGGAACGAACUACAAAAACCUCUGAAACUGGAAACACUUAUCUCCCUCACUAGCUUUAAGCACCAGCUGUCAGAGCAGCUCACAGAUUACUGCACCUGUACAUAGCCCAUCUAUAAUUUAGCCCAAACAACUACCUCUCCCCCUACGGUAUUUAUUUAUUUUGCUCCUUUGCACCCCAUUAUUUCUAUCUCUACUUUGCACAUUCUUCCACUGCAAAUCUACCAUUCCAGUGUUUUACUUGCUAUAUUGUAUUUACUUUGCCACCAUGGCCUUUUUUUGCCUUUACCUCCCUUAUCUCACCUCAUUUGCUCACAUUGUAUAUAGACUUCUUUUUCUACUGUAUUAUUGACUAUGUUUGUUUUACUCCAUGUGUCACUCUGUGUUGUAUGUGUUGAACUGCUUUGCUUUAUCUUGGCCAGGUCGCAAUUGUAAAUGAGAACUUGUUCUCAACUUGCCUACCUGGUUAAAUAAAGGUGAAAUAAAAAUAUUUUUUUUUGACUUUGACCAUGUAUAGUUCUGAACAUAACCAUCACUGAUCUAGUAGUCAGAAGAUGCCCACAGGGAGCUCUAUUUCAGUCUGAUUAACAUGGAUUAUGACCACUUUCACUGAAACAGCAGAAUGCAACUUGAGGUAUUUUGGAUAUGCUUAGAGCCCAUGUGAGUUAUUAGCUUUUCCUAUCAUCACUAUUUAUGACACACACACACAUAUGACACACACAUCCUGAAAGCAGGAUUAUCCCUGCAAGCAUAUGGUUGGUGCCUUAUCUGCAGCAAGGGGGAUCAGUCUUGAUUCAUUUCCCCCUUCCUUGUCAAAGUGAGCUUUGCCUGAGGAUUGUGCAUCCUUAUUCCAACGUUUCUCGCGCACACACACAGUUUGUGGGCAUCUGUAAAUAGUCUCUUAUGCUCACCUUUAUUGUGGCCGGUUCUCUAAAGCCAUUACACAAAUCUGUUCUAAAACGCAAAGUGAAUGCCAAUAAUAAUCAACAAGAGCUUCCCUGGGGAUUUUCUCUACCUCACAUAGUUCUUUGUUAUGACCCCCAGGCUAGUUCCAGACUUUAUUUUAACUCACCUGAUCCACCAUUAUGUGAAUACAAAUGGUAACUUGGCAGUACACACAGCUGUAGGAUACAUUUCUGUUUUUAAAUGUCUGUUUUGGCAGUUUUUUUGUACUUCAUCUUCAGAAAAUGAUUUUAGGGCUUUGAUUAGCAUUGAUGUUUUAAUGAGAAGUGGCAGACCAAAACGUGUUUCACAUUUUAAAGUUCUCACUCUCUGUCACUGCCAUCUUUUAUUAGCAAAUGUUUUGCUUACGAAAGUCAAAACAGUGAAGACUGAAUCCGUCAAAGACCCAGCCUUGGUUUCUGUUUGGGGAUCUGUGGUGGCAGUUUCUUCCCUGGGGCCAUUAUGGUGUCUGUCUAUCUCAGGGGUACUGUGUGGGGCCAUUAUGCUCUCUGUCUACAUCAGGGUACUGUGUGGGGCCAUUAUGCUGUCCGCCUACAUCAGGGUACUGUGUGGGGCCAUUAUGCUGUCCGCCUACAUCAGGGUACUGUGUGGGGCCAUUAUGCUGUCUGCCUACAUCAGGGUACUGUGUGAGGCCAUUAUGCUGUCUGCCUACAUCAGGGUACUGUGUGGGGCCAGUAUGCUGUCUGCCUACAUCAGGUGUAUUCAAGUACUAUUUGAAAUAGUAAUCUCCUAGGGGGCAAAGGUCCGGAUGGAUAUUGUCAUUUAUCGGCGUAGUAACAAACCUCCACCUCGCAACCCAUGUGACCCCCAAACUGUUCACAACCCUCUUGUUGGCGUAAAGAAAAUCUUGCAGUUUUAAAGCUAAUUUCCCACAAUUCUACACAUUUUGCAUGGGCCAGAGCAUUUUAUUUUUUAGUUGUUUAAAGCAAAUUUUCUGAAAUUCUACAAAUGUUUCCAUGUCUUAUGUGUGUUUUAUAUGAUACCAGGGAUAAAAAUCCAAAUAACUUCACAGAUCUUCAUUGUAAAGGGUUUAAACACUGUUUCCCAUGCUUGUUCAAUGAACCAUAAACAAUUAAUGAACAAGCACCUGUGGAACGGUCGUUAAGACACUAACAGUUUAGACGGUAGGCAAUUAAGGUCACAGUUAUGAAAUCUUAGGACACUAAAGAGGCCUUUCUACUGACUCUGAAAAACACCAAAAGAAAGAUGCCCAGGGUCCCUACUCAUCUGCGUGAACAUGCCUUAGGCAUGAUGCAAGGAGGCAUGGGGACUGUAGAUGUGGCUAGGGCAAUAAAUUGCAACGUCCAUACUGUGAGACGCCUAAGACAGCGCUACAGGGAGACAGGACGGACAGCUGAUCGUCCUCGCUGUGGCAGACCACGUGUAACAAUACCUGCACAGGAUCGGUACAUCCAAACAUCACACCUGCGGGACAGGUACAGGAUGGCAACAACAACUGCCCGAGUUACACCAGGAACGCACAAUCCCUCCAUCAGUUCUCAGACUGUCCGCAAUAGGCUGAGAGAGGCUGGACUAAGGGCUUGUAGGCCUGUUGUAAGGCAGGUCCUCACCAGACAUCACCGGCAACAACGUUGCCUAUGGGCAAAAACCCACCGUCGCUGGACCAGGCAGACUGACGAGUCGCGGUUUUGUCUCACCUGGGGUGAUGGUCGGGUUCGCGUUUAUUGUCGAAGGAAUGAGCGUUACACUGAGGCCUGUACUCUGGAGCGGGAUCGAUUUGGAUGUGGAGGGUCCGUCAUGGUCUGGGGUGGUGUGUCACAGCAUCAUUAGACUGCGCUUGUUGUCAGUGCAGGCAAUCUCAACGCUGUGCGUUACAGGGAAGACAUCCUCCUCCCUCAUCUGGUACCCUUACUGCAGGCUCAUCCUGACAUGACCCUCCAGCAUGACAAUGCCAACAGCCAUACUGCUCGUUCUGUGAGUGAUUUCCUGAAAGACAGGAAUGUCAGUGUUCUGCCAUGGCCAGCGAAGAGCUUGGAUCUCAAUCCCAUUGAGCACAUCUGGGACCUGUUGGAUUGGAGGGUGAGGGCUAGGGCCAUUUCCCCCAUAAAUGUCCGGGAACUUGCAGGUGCCUUGGUGGAAUAGUGGGGUAACAUCUCUCAGCAAGAACUGGCAAAUCUGGUGCAGUCCAUGAGGAGAUGCACUGCAGUACUUAAUGCAACAGGUGGCCACACCAGAUACUGACUGUUACCUAUGAUUUUGACCCUCCUUCUUUGUUCAGGGACGCAUUAUUCCAUUUCUGUUAGUCACGUCUGUGGAACUUGUUCAGUUUAUGUCUCAGUUGUUGAAUCUUAUGUUCAUACAAAUAUUUACACAUGUUAAGUUUGCUGAAAAUAAACGCAGUUGACAGUGAAAGGACGUUUCUUUUUUUGCUGAGUUUAUAUUUAUUUAUUUUGUAGUCUGCAUCCAUGGCCCGUAUUGACCCCGUUCUGGGACCGGAUCCGGACCGCAGUCCACCAGUUGAAUAUGGUGCGUCUAGAUUGUGCACAAAGCUCACAGGUGUGCACUCUUAUGUUGUCACUAAUGAGCAGAGGUCCCAGGUGCCAAGGAGGAAGUAUUUGAUUGUGGUUAGGAGGAAAAGGUUUAGCUGAAGUGUGUCGGUGUCUGUCAAUGGCGGAGUGAGUGGCUGCAGCAACAGCUGUGACAGUGCUUGAUCACGGAUUCACAGGCAUUUGACACACACUCACAGACCCACACACUCACCUCACUCACUCGUCUUGCUGCAGUAGAUACUGGCUCUUGAAACUCAUAGCAGCUGUACAUUUCCACUGCAAGCCAGUGUUUCUUAUUUUCCAUCUUUUUCAUUUGGUUUUGUUUUUUCAAUGAGAUUUGGGCAUUCUGAACUAGAAAGAGGAGAGGUCAGUGAGGACACAGUUGGGUAUAGCACUUUAUAUGGACUUUUGGAAAACUUCAAUCUUCUCAUGAUUUGUCACUUGAACGAGGACCGUUGAUAUUCUAAUGCUCUUAUUUUGGUCCAUCGGGCGACAUCCUGCAUUAAAUAUUUAGCAGAAUCUCUGUGACUUUUCCAAACGAUAUCACAAAUGUGAUAAUACAUAUUGACUGGACUGAACUGAACAGAGAAUUCUAUUUUUGGACAUUAUUUGAUGGGACCACCGUCUUUCAGUAAUACUUAUUUAUUGUUUUGAACCUGAUCACCAUGCUGGACACCAACACGUCCCUUCACACGGACCCCACCUCUUUUGGGCACCCUCCAAUCAGCAACAGCAUGGAUAAGCAACGCAUACGAUUGGAGUUAGAACGGCGGGCUUGUCAGAGCCUGAGGGAAGGUGGGAUUCAUAUUACGCACACACACACACACACACACGCACACAUACACACAAACUCUUUAUAAUAUGAGAUGUGGAAGAUAUGGUUUAAUUGAUAUCUUUGUUUGGUUAUAUAUUUUUUUUAACAGAUAUUUUUGAUUUAGCAUUAUUAUUCUUACUCUUCCUACUUAGCUUUUGUUUCAUAGCUCUCCAUAAAACACUCCCAGCUAUACAGUUGAGUUUUUCUCAGUGAAUCGUGUGUAUUGAGUUAUGCUGCCCAGGCCGGCUGAGUGGGUGUCUGGUGUCUUCUGGGCUGCUGGUCAGGUACUAAGUUGACCUUCUGGCCCCGGUACAAAUGGGGCAGCGCCAGGACUCUGUGCCCAGUGGACAAUGCUCAGGCACCUGUGGGUGCAGCCAGGGCCGUGACACCAACUGAGUUGGAGCGAGAAGAGCCUGAACAGACUUAGUCGUGACACACUGAGAAUCUCACACUGACUUUUAGAGAAACAUAAAUGUGCUGUGAGGCAGAUACGCUGGCCCACUGAGUUAAGGUGAGAAAUACUGAGACUGAUGAAGAUACUGUGGUGUUUAGUGUGACACACAGAGACCGGUUUAGAUACUAAGACACAGAUGGACGCUGAGGGAAAACAGGGAUAGGCUUGAGACACUGAGAUGGACUUGGAACCAUUGAGACAGACUGUGAUUUACCGAGAGGUUUUGCACCGAGACGUACAGUCUUUCAGAGACACUGUACAAUGUGGUAACCCACAGGCACCUGCCUUGGCAGCCGGUUUGACUUCAGAGUUUCAAAGGUGGAUAGCAUACCUUGACCCUGAUUGAGGAGGGUGUCUGUUCACAUGUGUCCCCUCAUUCAGCCAGGCCGAGCCCAGGCCUUAGAUUUCUGCUUCGGAGCAGUUUGAGUGUCGGGUGAUUUACAGUAAUAUUCCCUGUAACUCAACAGGCUGGGCUGGGCAGAGAGAUAGAGUUCCCAGAUAUUACAGUGUGGUACACAAAUAGAAACCAGCAGGGAGAGGAUGGGUUUCAUCUCAGGGUUGGGAUGGAGGGAAUGGAAGGUUUAGAAAAUAUUCUCAAAGAAGCAAACGAUUGAAUAGGCGAUUGUAGAAAAAGUGCACCGGAGGUUUUGAAAUGACCCACAGAGAAAGGUAACAAUACAUAAAUUGAGCACAAACGGAGUUAUGGAGAGUGACAGGUGGUAGGAAAAAUGUGAAAAAUGUAAUGUUCUCGUUUACAUCACAUUAAGUGAGGUACUGAGAACGGUAAUGAAUUCAAAUUGUGGCAUUUCAGAGUGAGCAUUUGCCUAGAAAAUAUUCAGUAUAAGCACCUGGCAUCAUUCCCCUGUCAGUCCUUGGCACAACUAGCAAAUCAUCUGCCACUGGAGGAGUGUCUGUGUUUGUGCGCCCCCCCCCCCCAGUAAGCCCAUUUAAUCUGGUCUCCUGUCGAGGGGACUAUUGGGAGUCCUACGUCAAACGGACGUAUAAAAGGAAAGAGGCGACAGCCAGGACUGUGAGAAAUGUGGACGCUGGUCAGAGAUGUGAAAAACUGCAGAGGCUGAGCUCAGAGAGACGGGAGACCAUGAGAAAGAAGUCCCACAUCGCCCACACUGCUCUCACUCUGACCUAUUAGUCAGUAUGCUUCCCUGUGGUUCACAUGUAGGCAGCAGACCAGCUACAAACACAACUACCUCAGGAGGUGCACACAAGCAUCACUUUGUGUACAGUACAAUGGACUGGUCCAACAAUCAUACUCUCACACAUGAACACCAGGCCACAUACUGUAUGGCUAUGUAGUAUACUGUAACUGCUUAACUUCCCCUCGCAUGUACAGUAUCACAUCUCUAAUUUCAUGAAAACUGCUUAUGCGCAUACUGAGAUGUAGGUUUACUUUACCUCACAUCUGACAGGAAUCACUUACAUGAGUCCACUCAGCUCGCUGAGGCUGAAGUGUAAACACUGGAUAGCAAUGAUGAUGUGAUGCAGAGAACAUGGUCUCCAUCACUAGCUUUCUGUGUUCCUUCUAUAGCACAGGUGUCAAACUCAUUCCACGGGGGGGCCGAGUGUCUGCGGGUUUUCGCUCCUCCCUUGUACUUGAUUGAUGAAUUAACAUCACUAAUUAGUUAGGAACUCCCCACACCUGGUUGUCUAGGGCUUUAUUGAAAGGAAAAACCAAAAACCUGCAGACACUAGGCCCUCCGUGGAAUGAGUUUGACACCCCUGUUCUAUAGGCUUGGUCCAGCUGAGAUUAGGCAGCUGUUAGCAAGACACAUUUAUUCAUGUCAUACACAUUUAGUCAGUACAGAAGUGUUACCAUUUAUCUGUACAUAUACUCCUCUCAAUAGAACACCUCAUUCUAUUUUGAAAUGUGAGUGGUGAAUGUGGGCCUUCCUGUUUUUACAAGAAGUCCUCUGUGCAUUAGCAUUGUUCAAGCCAUGCGGAAGUGUCGCUCUCUCUAUCUCUCUCUGUGUGGUAGAAGUUGUCAAAACGCGACAACCUGGCUGCUGUUUGAGUGUAGAAACAGGAAGCGCGUGUGUGUGACAGGGACCAUCUGCCCGCUAUUUCUCCUCUCUGCCUCUGAUGAUAACUUCUGUAUCGGCUGUCAGACGACUCUGUGGGAGGGAGGGAGCGAGGACCAGAAGAGCAUGCUCCAGCUCAAACUCCAGCAGAGACGGACCCGUGAGGAACUGGUCAGUCAGGGGAUCAUGCCACCGCUGAAAAGUCCAGCUGCCUUCCACGAACAGAGACGAAGUUUAGAGCGAGCGCGGACUGAAGACUACCUAAAGAGGAAGAUCCGAAGUCGGCCGGAGAGGUCGGAGCUGGUCAGGAUGCACAUUCUGGAGGAUCACGUGCCUGAUGGUUGUUGGCUGGCUAACCCGCUGUGUGCUGUGUGUUCAGAGACGUCGGCGGAACCCUCCCUUCAGGCCAAACAACUGCAGCUGAAGAGGGCCCGUCUGGCUGACGACCUCAACGACAAGAUCUCCCACCGGCCCGGCCCCAUGGAGCUCAUUCACAAGAACAUCCUGCCUGUACACAGCAGCAUCAAACAGGCCAUCAUAGAGACGGACUUCCCCAAGGUUGCUGGGGAGAUAUCCUCCUUUGAUGAGGACAGUAAUGAUACUCUCUCUCCUGAUCAGCCCAUUGGUCAGGAGUCUCCACUCGGCCACGGCCCUCUGCCCUCUCCCCCCGACGCCCUAGCUUGCAACAGCACCCCCACACAGUUUCUCACUCAGGUUCCUCCGCCACCCCCUCCUCUUCCUCCCUUCUAUGGGCCCUGCCAACCAGUGAAGUUGAGCAAUGGGACAGCAGUUCUGAGAACCACCCCUGCACUGAUCAAGUCCCAGCCAAAGCCCACCUCAGAGCGCCCCCCUCAGCGAUCCAAGAAGCCCAAGGACAACAAGCCCAAGGUGAGGAAGCUGAAGUACCACCAGUACAUCCCCCCGGACCAGAAGGCCGACCACGAGCCGCCCCCUCAGCUGGACUCCACCUACGCCAAGAUCCUCCACCAGCAGCAGCUCUUCCUCCAGCUGCAGAUCCUCAACCAGCAGCAGCAGCACUACAACUACCACACCAUCCUUCCUGCACCGCCCAAACCACUAACAGAUCAACCACCUCCCACCAAUGGCCCCUCUCCUUCUCCGGCCAUGCCAGCCCCCUCGACAUCCUCCUCCAGUCAAAGUGCACCAAGCCAGCAGAAUGUCACACAUGUGGGAGGGGCCACAGCAGGUUGUUUGCCUCCUAACCUGGACGACCUGAAGGUGGCUGAACUGAAGCAUGAGCUCAAACUGCGGAGCUUGCCUGUGUCAGGCACCAAGAAUGACCUCAUCGAGCGGUUGAGGAACUACCAGGCCCAGCAGAACAGUCGUGGUAGUGCAACAACUACAACAGCAGGGGGUGCCACAGGGUCAGGGGCCGGAGCUUCCAAAAGCAACCACCCAACACAACAACAACAAAAACAACUACUAAAACAGCAGCAACAGCAACUUUCCCAACACCAGGCCCUGUCCUCUGUGGUCCACCAAUCAGGAGAUGCAGGUGUGGUAACCUUGGCAACCUUCCCGUUCAUGACCACUGCUCCACAGCAGAUCAUGCACUUUGGCAGCACUAGCUCCUCCCCGCCUGUCUCUCCUGCCCCCUCGGAACGCUCGCUAGCUGGGAUGAGUCCAGAUGAGACGAGCUGUAAUGGAGACGCAUUUGGGGAGAUGGUAAGCUCUCCCCUCACCCAGCUAAGCCUCCAUCCCUCCCCACAGCACCGUGGCACUAUCAAAGAGGAGUUGAGUGGCUCGGCCCCAACAGCCUGCCAGCUCUCCAUGGCUGCUCUGCAGAAACGCGUGCAAGUAGCACCCCCCUCUGUGAACAAGGACCAGAUGCUGCAGGAGAAGGACAAGCAGAUCGAGGAGCUGACGUGCAUGCUAAGGCAGAAACAGCGGCUGGUGGAGACCCUGCGCAUCCAGCUGGAACAGGGCAAGAGAGGGGGCCGGGACGCCCCCCCAGAACCCCUGGGCCUUGUCAGGGUGAAGGAAGAACCCCCAGACAUCCCCAGCAUCCCCUCCACAUUUUGCCCCAUUGCCCGCUCCCCGACCCCUUCCCAGUGCCACAUGGAGGUCACCAAGAUGACCAUCAAGCAGGAGGUUGGAGAUGUGGAAGAGGCCGUCGAGCCGUCCUUGGAAGCCCCACCUCAGCAGGUGCAGCUGGAGCAGAUCCAGGCACAGCAGCGGUCGCAGCUGGAGCAGCUGAAGGUGCAGCAGACGCAGCAGAUCAACGCGCUGCAGCUGGCACAGCAGCAGGCCCUGCAGCAGCUGCUCCUACAGCAGAACCAGCAGAAUCUGCAGAAACACCGCUCACAGCAGAGGAAGAAGAAGUCCCACAAGCAACAGCUCAAGCAGCAGCAGCAACAGCUACUGUCCCAACAACAACAGCAGAUACAAUCAAAGAACCAACAGCUGUUACAGUCAAAGCAUCAACAACAGCAGAUAUUGCAGGCACAACAACAACAACAGCAGCUGAAGUCACAACAGGUGUCUCAGAUGUUCCUCAAUCAGCAGUCACGCUCCGCCACUUCCUUCCCCUUGGAUCUCCUCAAGACACACUCCACACCUACCCUGGUGACAGACAGCAACGGCAACCAUUUCCUCAUCGCACUAACCAAUCACUGUGCCGAGAGCCAAGGUAGUGAUACGCCACAAGGCACUCCACAGGGAAAAGCAACCAAUCACAUCAUACUGCAGAGACUGCAGUCAACUCCCACCAAGCUGCCCAGCCAAUCCCCUCUUCAGUUGUCCAGCGGUGACACCCAAUCAAAACCGAAAACUCAACCAGGCCUUGUGAAACAGCCAACCAGAAAGGGACAGAAGGCGGGGCUGCAGGUGUCAACCAAUCACUCCCCAGGGGUCGCUCUCUCCUUCUCUGCCCCGCCCAAUCUCCAGCCUUUCUUCCCCAAUGAUGACUCCUCCCCUUCUGAAAAAGACGCCUCCCCCUCUCCUCCAGCUCAAACGGAGGAUUUGAGUCCAGGUCUUGACCAUGAACCCCUGUUCAGCCCUCCUUCUCCCAAACAGACGCCCUCCCCUAACCCACCGGAUGACAAGGAUAAUGGAUCCACCCAGCAUAUGGACGAUCUCUUCGACAUCCUGAUUCAAACAGGAGAAAUCUCAGCCACCUUCAAACCAGCGCCCGACCCUUCCCUGGCACGACUGCGCCCCAACACCCCUUCCCCUUCCCACUCUCAGGCCCCCUCCCCUCUCCAGCUGCAGCUCCACUUCUCGCCCCCCACCCCUCCCGAACCCGAGACCCCCCAGCCAGGCACAGGGGAGGAGGAGGAGCUGCAGGCGCCGGCCACCGUUGAUCAGGACGCAAGCAACACAGGAAGUGGACGUCUGGAGGACUUCUUGGAGAGCACCACGGGCAAACCCCUCCUGGGGGUGGAGCCUGGCGGGCCCCUGACCCUGAUUGACGACCUUCACAGUCAAAUGCUAAGCACCCCCAGCAUCCUGGACCACUCAUCCUCGCCCAUGGACACCUAUGAGCUGUCGGGCUACACGGCCAACCCCCCUGGCCUGGACUUCGGAGACCAUGCCCUGGACAGCAUGGAUUGGCUGGAUAUCACCAUGGGAGGGGCGAGCAACGAGAUUGCAGGGCUCGCCCCACUGGGUCCCCUGGGCCCCCACACGCCCCCCAGCGUCUUCUCAGCGGACUUUCUGGACAGUUCAGACCUGCAGCUCCACUGGGACUCCUGCUUAUAGCCCUGGACCGUCUUAUUGUCAUCCACACGGAUAGAUGCUGAUGUUACGUUGUCAACUCUUUCUCUCUUUUCUCAACGCACGGUACAACGACUCAAAAACACACUGGCUCUACUGCACUCUGAACUCAGUCCCUCUUACUGACUAACACUUUGAUAGAUGUCUUAUGUGUAUACCCUUACGUUCUAUAAGGCAGGCCCUCUUACACACGUAGCUUAUACAGCAAUACCUUUGUUAACAAACCCAGUGGACCGUAGUUGAUGAUGCUCCAUCUGAGCCAGUCAGCAGCUUACCGUAGCUACCGAUCUGGACUAUUGUCUACGUUUAUUAUUGCCCUUAGUAGUAUUAGUAAUACUAUGGAGAUAUUGUAACAAUGUUGAACCAGUAAUGUGAAAACAAGACAAUAAUCACGUCUGUCUAGCAGCAUUAGGGUUAAAAAACCACAACCUACUUAUUUUCAUGAGAACUUUAGAGGAGAUGAUCAGGGGAGCCAAGGUGAAGGAGAAUCAAGUAGCUAUUUGUUAGCAUGAAUGCAUGCAGGAGUCAGACCGUGGCUCCAGUGUAGCGGUCUGGUGACCGCAGCUCUGGCUGAGUAGGAGAACUGCAGGAGGAGCCUGGUACAGAGGAGAGACCCACAGAUGGUGAUAUUUGACUAUGAUGUAUUUUUUCCCAUAAUAUGGGAUGUAUUUUGGAAUAUAUUUGAAAAUGCCAGGAAACAUGAUUUCGUGUUUUAGAACACGUGGUCUUACACGCUUAGCUUUAAUAAUAUUGCUCUAGACCAUUAUGACAGACGUGAUAGGAUUUUAUAUAUUUGAUAAAAAUGAGAACCUGCUUUAACAGAGGUAUUGCUGCUACGUAGUGUACUUGAUCUCCCUUGGACGUAGGUUCAUUUUCAUAGACGCGCUGAACUAUAUGUCAGCCAGUACUGUAGCUAAAGUAAGUUAGGGUUAAGAGAUUGCAAAGAUGGAAAUGUUUGUUUCAUUUCAACCUAUAUAAGCAACUAAGUAUGCAGAGAUGACCUGUUUCGUGUAUACUGUAGUCCACUCCAUCAUUUAUAGUGAUGCCUGCUGAACCAGGAGCCACAUUGGUGAAUCACGAAUGCUGUGUUAUUAUUUUGGGGGCCCCUUAACAUCAGGACUGUAUUAUUAUUCAUGUACUGUAUCAGUACCUUUGCCAAACGUUUUAUUAAUAAAGUCCUCCCUAUAAAUUCUUGCCGUAAUAUAACAAUUUAGACACUGAAAAUGUAUUAUAAUGCACAGUUAUUUUUUUGACUUGACAGUGUUUUUCCAUUUUAGGCAAUGGAGCACUACGAAGUACACGGUUUACUGUGACAAAUUCUGUCAACAGUGUGAACUCUGUAUCUGGAGUUAGAAAACCAUUUUUUUUAUUUUAUUGAGCCUUAUUUUACUAGGCAAGUCAGUUAAGAACAAAUUCUUAUUUACAGUGACAGCCUUUCCCGGCCAAACCCGGACGACGCUGGGCCAAUUGUGUGCCGCCCUAUGGGACUCCCAAUCACGGCCGGAUGUGAUGUGAACACUGCACCCACACACGUGCACAUGCUCAAUUUUGAGCAUUGCUUGCUUGUUUGAAUGUAUUAUCCUUUUCAUGGUUUGUUGCAUAUCACCACAGACAUACAUUCAAGAUAUGCUUCUGUGGUGGGGGUGGACAGGCAGUUUCUGUCCAGUAUAUCCUCCUCUUUGACUUUGCCCUCAUGGUGGCCUGACUGGUGCUGUUGAAUGGAAAACCCUCCAUGGUAGAGGGAUUGUAGACCAGUCAGCCCCAAUCUGCUGUAUUAGGGAUUCUGAAAUGUUCCAUUUUAAGUUGUCAACACUUGAGGGAUUUGGGGAUUGCUCUGGGGAGGGAAACUGGUUGGGCUUCUUCAUGAUUUGGACAUUUUUAUUAUGUAUUUUCUUUUUUUUAGAAAAGUAAUUGAUUACAUUUAAAUUGGAUAAAUUGUGGUUUACAGCGUGGAUGUUUGGGGGCCACAGCAUGGAAUGAGGGUUGGAGAUGAACAUUUUGAAAGCGGAUACUGUGAAGUAGUCAUUUAGCACCAGAAUCGCCCUAGAGCAGGUUUCUCCAACUGGUGGCCCGUGUCCCGAAUUUGGGUGAUUUUUAUUUAGCCCCCCAAAUUUUCUGAGCAAAAUAUAAUACAAUAUAUAAUUGUUUUGUUGGACAUAAAAGACGAGCAAAUCUGCUUCGUUAUUUUAAUUUUGGAAGUCAGUUCCGAAGAAUUCCCAUGCAUAAGAGAGAUACAGUAUGUGUUCAUAUACAAAUGUAUGCAAGGUUUGAAAUGAUUACAUCUGUUUUGUCAUAUAUUUGUAAAUAUGUUCCAGCCCCCUGACCAUCUACUCAAUAAAAAAUUGGUCUGCA